GGGCCCCUCGGGCGGGCUGGGGCGGCGGCGCGGUGGAGCGCGGCGCUGCAGCCAUGGCGGGCGGCGCGCGGCUGCUCUGGGUGUCGCUAUUGGUGCUGCUGGCGCAGCUGGGGCCGCAGCCCGGGCUGGGCCGACCCCGAGAGCGUCUCCGCGUGCGCUUCACCCCCGCCGUGUGCGGCCUGCGUUGCAUCCACGGGCCCACAGGCUCCCGCUGUACCCCGACCUGCGCGCCCCGCAACGCCACCAGCGUGGACAGCGGCGCGCCCGGCGGGGCGGCCCCGGGGGGACCCGGCUUCCGCGCCUACCUGUGCCCCUUGAUCUGUCACAACGGUGGUGUGUGUGUGAAGCCUGACCGCUGCCUCUGUCCCCCGGAUUUCGCUGGCAAAUUCUGCCAAUUGCAUUCCUCGGGGGCCCGGCCCCCGGCCCCAGCCAUGCCGGGCCUUACCCGCUCCGUGUACACCAUGCCACUAGCCAACCACCGUGAUGAUGAACAUGGUGUGGCAUCGAUGGUGAGCGUGCACGUGGAGCACCCUCAGGAGGCAUCGGUAGUGGUGCACCAGGUGGAACGUGUGUCAGGCCCCUGGGAAGAGGCGAACCCUGAAGCCCUAGCCAGGGCUGAGGCGGCAGCACGGGCCGAGGCGGCAGCGCCCUACACAGUGCUGGCACAGAGCGCGCCGCGCGAGGAUGGCUACUCAGACGCCUCCGGCUUCGGUUACUGUUUCAGGGAAUUGCGCGGAAGCGAAUGUGCUUCGCCACUGCCCGGGCUCCGGACUCAGGAAGUAUGCUGCCGAGGGGAGGGCUUGGCCUGGGGUGUUCAUGAUUGUCAGCCGUGCUCGGAGCACCUGGGGAACUCCAACCGAGUGAAUGGCCCAAAUGGACCGUGUCCAACCGGCUUCGAGAGGGUUAACGGGUCCUGCGUAGAUGUGGAUGAGUGCGCCACAGGUGGGCGUUGCCAACACGGGGAGUGCGCCAACACUCGUGGCGGGUACACGUGUGUGUGUCCCGACGGCUUCCUGCUGGACUCCUCCCGGGGCAGCUGCAUCUCCCAACACGUGAUCUCUGAGGCAAAGGGGCCCUGCUACCGAGUGCUCCAUGAUGGCGGAUGCUCGCUGCCCAUUCUUCGAAACAUCACCAAACAAAUCUGCUGCUGUAGCCGUGUGGGCAAGGCUUGGGGCCGCGGCUGCCAGCUGUGCCCACCUCACGGUUCAGAGGGUUUUCGGGAGAUUUGCCCAGCUGGCCCUGGUUACCACUAUUCAGCCUCUGAUCUCCGCUACAAUACGAGACCCCUGAGCCAGGACCCACCUCGAGUGACCUUCAAUCAACCACGCGCCCCACCACCCACUGCUCGGCCACCCAUAGGCUUUCUGCCCACUCGGUCUCGGCCUGAACCCCAGCCUCGGCCUGAAUCUCGGCCACAGCCUGAAUCCCGGCCUCGGCCUGAAUCUCGGCCACAGCCUGAACUCCGGCCUCGGCCUGAACCCCGGCCACAGCCUGAAUCUCGGCCACGUCCUGAAUUUGCCCUGCCCAGCACCCCUCCUUGGACUGGUCCAGAGAGUCCUGAAUCAGAUCCCUCCUCCUCCAGCGUGUGCCAGCGCAAUCCCCAGGUUUGUGGUCCGGGACGCUGCGUUCCCCGGCCCAGUGGCUACACGUGUGCGUGCGACCCUGGUUUCCGACUCAACCCCCAUGGCACUCGCUGCAUAGACGUAGAUGAAUGUCGCCGCGUGCCUAUGCCCUGUGCUCCUGGACGCUGCGAGAACACACCAGGCAGCUUUCGCUGCGUGUGUGGAACAGGCUUCCAAGCAAGCCCGCGGGCUACAGAGUGCCUGGAUGUGGACGAGUGCCAGCGCGUGCCGCCGCCGUGUGACCGCGGGCGCUGCGAGAACAAGCCAGGCAGUUUCCUAUGUGUGUGUCCCGCUGGAUACCAAGCAGCGCCACACGGAGCCAGCUGCCAGGAUGUGGACGAAUGCACCCAGAGCCCAGGCCUCUGCGGCCGUGGAGUCUGCGAGAAUCUGCCCGGCUCUUUCCGCUGUGUUUGCCCGGCUGGCUUCCGCGGCUCGACGUGUGAAGAAGAUGUGGAUGAGUGUGCCCAGCACCCUCCACCCUGCGGGCCAGGCCGCUGCGACAACACCGCAGGCUCAUACCACUGUGCCUGUCCAGCUGGCUUCCGCUCCCGAGGACCAGGGGCCCCCUGCCAAGAUGUGGAUGAGUGUGCCCGGAGCCCCUCGCCCUGUGCCUAUGGCCGCUGUGAGAACACAGAAGGGAGUUUCCAGUGUGUCUGCCCUACAGGCUUCCAAGCCAACGCUGCUGGCUCCGAGUGCGAGGAUGUGGAUGAGUGUGAGAACCACCUGGCGUGUCCUGGGCAGGAGUGUGUGAACUCACCGGGCUCCUUCCAAUGCCGGCCUUGUCCUGUUGGCUACCACCUGCACCGUGGCAGGUGCACUGAUGUGGACGAAUGCAGUUCGGGCACCCCUUGUGGUCUCCACGGCCAGUGCACCAACACGGGAGGCUCUUUCCACUGUAGCUGCGCUCCAGGUUACCGGGCACCAGCUGGUCUCCCCGGGCCUUGUGCAGACAUAAAUGAGUGUCUGGAAGGCGACUUCUGCUUCCCCCACGGAGAGUGCCUCAACACGGAUGGCUCCUUUGCCUGUACUUGUGCCCCUGGCUACCGGCCUGGACCUCGUGGAGCUUCUUGUCUGGACGUGGACGAGUGCAGCGAGGAGGACCUUUGCCAGAGCGGCAUCUGCACCAACACUGACGGCUCCUUUGAGUGCGUCUGUCCUCCCGGGCACCGCGCUGGCCCAGAUCUUGCCUCGUGCCUUGACAUUGACGAAUGUCGUGAACGAGGACCUGCCCUGUGCGGGUCUCAGCGCUGUGAAAAUUCCCCGGGCUCCUACCGCUGUGUGCGUGACUGCGAUCCUGGUUAUCACCCUGGCCCUGAGGGCACCUGUGAUGAUGUGGACGAGUGCCAAGAAUACGGCUCUGCGAUUUGCGGAGCGCAGCGCUGUGAGAACACCCCUGGCUCCUACCGCUGCAUGCCAGCCUGUGACCCUGGUUAUCAGCCCACACCAGGGGGCGGAUGCCAGGACGUGGAUGAGUGUCGGAACCGAUCCUUUUGUGGUGCCCACGCCGUGUGCCAGAACCUGCCCGGUUCCUUCCAGUGCGUCUGUGACCAAGGCUACGAGGGGGCACGGGAUGGACGUCACUGCGUGGGCACAUUCCCAGGCUCACAGCCCCAAGCACCUGCCAGCCCCAAUCUUAUAGCGAGGCCUCAGCCCCCACCCCAACCUCGAAGACCCAGCCCUCCCAGGCAGGGACCUGUGAGCAGUGGGCGUCGCGAGUGCUACUUUGACACAGCGGCUCCAGAUGCAUGUGACAAUAUCUUGGCUCGAAAUGUGACGUGGCAGGAGUGUUGCUGUACUGUGGGUGAAGGCUGGGGCAGUGGCUGCCGUAUCCAACAGUGCCCGGGCACUGAGACAGCUGAGUACCAGUCAUUGUGUCCUCAUGGUCGGGGCUACCUGGUGCCCAGUGGAGACCUGAGCGCCCGGAGAGAUGUGGAUGAAUGCCAGCUCUUCCAGGACCAGGUGUGCAAGAGCGGAGUGUGUGUGAACACCGCCCCGGGCUACUCUUGCUAUUGCAGCAACGGCUUCUACUAUCACGCACAGCGGCUGGAGUGCGUUGAUAAUGACGAAUGUGCCGACGAGGAGCCCGCUUGUGAAGGUGGCCGCUGCGUUAACACGGUGGGCUCUUACCACUGCACCUGCGAGCCCCCACUGGUGCUGGACGGCUCCCGGCGCCGCUGCGUCUCCAACGAGAGCCAGAGCCUCGAUGACAAUCUGGGAGUGUGCUGGCAGGAAGUGGGGCCUGAUCUUGUUUGCAGUCGCCCGCGACUAGACCGGCAGGCCACCUACACAGAGUGCUGCUGUCUCUACGGAGAAGCCUGGGGCAUGGACUGCGCUCUCUGUCCUGCCCAGGACUCAGAUGAUUUCGAGGCCCUUUGCAAUGUGCUGCGCCCCCCUGCAUAUGGCCCGCCGCGCCCAGGCGGCUUUGGACUCCCGUACGAAUAUGGCCCAGAUAUAGGCCCACCUUACCAGAGUCUCCCUUAUGGCCCAGACCUAUAUUCACCACCUGUGCUACCCUAUGACCCCUACCCACCCCCUCCUGGACCCUUUGCUCGUCGGGAGGCCCCUUAUGGCGCCCCACCCUUCGACAUGCCAGACUUUGAGGAUGAUGGUGGUCCCUAUGGUGAGUCGGAGGCUCCGGCCCCACCCAGCCGAGGCACUGGCUGGACAUAUCGAUCCAGAGACACCCGUGGUUCCUUCCCAGAGCCUGAGGAGUCCUCUGAGCGUGGAGGCUAUACAGGAGCCUUGGCUGAGCCCUAUGAAGGCCUGGAGGCUGAGGAGUGCGGGAUCCUGGAUGGCUGCGCCCAUGGCCGCUGUGUGCGCGUUCCCGAAGGCUUUACCUGCGACUGUUUCGAUGGCUACCGUCUGGACAUCACCCGCAUGUCCUGUGUCGACAUCAACGAGUGUGACGAGGCUGAGGCAACCUCCCCGCUCUGUGUCAAUGCACGCUGUGUCAACACCGAUGGCUCCUUCCGCUGUGUCUGCCGUCCAGGAUUUGCACCCACACACCAGCCACAUCACUGUGCGCCUGCGCGACCCCGAGCCUGAGCACCUGCACUUGGCGCCCCAUUAUGCCUGCGCUCUGGGAGCUUCCGGAGCACGCCUGGCUCCCUCUAGUCCGCGAGUGUGCAAGGAUGUCCGCCAGUCUGGACUUAGGAUGGACAGACACAGAGGGGUGCCUUUCGCUGCUCUCGUCAUUCCCAGCCCCUCCCACUAGCGCUUUGGGCCUGGCGUGGUCCAGUCCUGUGUCCCCUGUCACAUUCCUUUCCUUUUAUAAAAAUUUCAAUUAAAACACCUAUUUUGUA